AUGCAUCGUAAUAUGACACUUUUGCUACGGGAAGCAAAAUGCUUCAGUCAUCGUACAUAUCGUCGUUUCUGUGGCGAGGAGCGGAAAAUCAGACUCGAGAAGCACAUACCAAACUUCAGGCAGGUGUAUCCUGAUUUCCAACCCACCUCUAUAUAUGGACGAAGAAAUGAGUUACGGGAAGAACUGGAGAGGAAAGAUAUGUUGGAACGACGUUUGCAAAUAGAUAUACCUGAAUUCUACGUUGGUUCUAUUCUUGCUGUUACUUAUUCGGAUAAAAAAUUAACUGGAUUGAAGAAUCGAUUUCUUGGUAUUUGCAUUAGUCGUAAAUUGGAAGGAUUAAAGUCGCAGUUUACUUUAAGGAAUGUGAUUGAAGGAAUAGGAGUAGAAGUUAUGUAUGAAAUGUACACACCAACAAUUACGAAAAUAGAACUUGUGAAGUUAGAAAAACGUCUUGAUGAUGAUUUGAGCUAUUUGGUGGAUGCUUAUCCAGAAUACAGCACAUUCGACAUGCACAUGGAACCUACUCCUCCUGUUUGGGGUAAACCAGUUCCUGUGAAUCCUAUAAAAGUCAAAUUACGUCCACCUCCCUGGACCAGAAGAUGGGAAUUAUUUGAUUACAAAGGAAUAGAAGAUGUGUGGACGCAACAAACUGCUUGGUAUAAGAAAAAAUUGAUGAAAACAAAACUCACUGAUCUUCGAAAGUAUGACCUCAUAGCUGAUUAUCGAGAAGUUGCGACUGAUGUUGACGAAGAAUUAGCGAUUGAAGAAGAAAUGUUAGAAUUUGAGAGAAUAAAACAUCUAGCAGGGGAAACUAAGCGCAAGAUCCUGCGAUCUGUUGAGCAGCCAAAUGAAAUCAAGACUGAAUGA